AAAAGUGUGGGCAGAUCCAUUUUUAUUUUCCUUUUUUCAUCUCUGUCCUCACUGAUUCGUUUUGGGUAUCCAUCAAUAUUUAUCAGUGGGCUUGGUGUUAGUCAAAAGCCACCAAUUUUUCUUUCCUUUUUUUUUUUCCCAUAUAUUAGAAUGAAAUGUUGUUGUCCAUUUUAGGGGAAGGCGUUAUGCUGAACUGAACUGUGCGAGGGGAAUGAAAAUUAAUUUAGGGGUUUUCUUCCUCCUCUAUUUUUGGCUCUCUUUCAUGAGGUUGAAAGAGUGGUAGAUUAGAGAAGGAGGAAUGGCUCAGACAUCUGGAUGCAGCUCUGGAGAUAGUAGAUGGUCUCUCAAGGGAAUGACUGCUCUCGUAACUGGUGGAACUAAAGGAAUUGGGCAUGCAAUUGUGGAAGAACUGGCUGGACUAGGAGCAACCAUACACACAUGUUCUAGAAAAGAAACCGAGCUCAAUGAAUGCUUGAAGGAUUGGAAAGCUAAAGGUUUUGGAGUGAGUGGUUCAGUGUGUGAUGUAUCCUCUCGGGCCCAAAGGGAGAAGCUAAUGCAGACUAUCUCUUCUGUGUUCAAUGGGAAGUUGAAUAUCCUUAUCAACAAUGCUGCUAUAAGUAUUCAGAAACCAACAAUAGAGGUCACAGCUGAAGAGUUCUCAACAAUCAUGGCCACAAAUUUUGAAUCUGUGUACCAUCUGUCCCAAAUCGCACACCCCCUUUUAAAGGCAUCAGGAGCCGGAAGCAUUGUAUUCAUCUCCUCUGUUUCCGGCAUAGUGGCACACAAGAAUAUCUCUGCUUAUUCAGUAACCAAAGGAGCAAUGAAUCAACUUACAAAGAAUUUGGCAUGCGAGUGGGCGAAAGACAAUAUUAGAAGUAAUGCUGUAGCUCCUUGGUACAUCAAAACUCCAAUGGUGGAGCAGAUGCUCACUAACCAAGCCUUUCUGGAAGAGGUGAUAAAUCGAGCUCCACUUCGUCGUGUGGGAGAUCCAAAGGAGGUGUCAUCUUUGGUAGCAUUCCUCUGCCUACCGGCAUCAUCUUACAUUACUGGACAGAUUAUUUGUGUUGAUGGUGGCAUGACUGUUAAUGGUUUUGAGUCAAACCUGCUCUAGGAACAUCAUAUGUGAUGGUAUUAUAGCCCUAAUUUGGCUGGCAUGUAUGGAGACUCUUUCAAACAUCUUAGCUUCCUCUACUGCUUCCAUGCCUGGAUCCUUUCUUUUUCCUGAAUAAUCUGCUUGUCAUGCCAAAGUCUUUAGUUUUUUUGGUGUGGGGUUCCCUUGAAAACCUUGCUGCAUGAUGCUUAUAAUAAUGUUUGGAAAGUUUGCUAA